AACCUCUUUUAUCUGUUAUUCUUAUCCGCUCUUACAUCAGUUCUCUUCCGGCUUAUAAAAACUACAAUGAACUGUUAAAGCUUGCUUCAGUGUGUGAUGUCUAGUCUUGCAGCUUCCAGCAACACGGGCGAGGUGCAAUAAAAACAAGUAAAUCGCUAAAGAAAUAUGCUGAUAGAAAAACGCCGCUGGUUUGUUCGUGUCAUUACGUGUACGGUGAUUUCAGUUUCGCUGUUAGGAUUAGGCAUAUUCAAAGCGCCAAUUAAACAAAACAAUAGUUCAGUGUCAUCCCAGCUGGGUGUUAAGAAUGCAAUUGCAUUCAUUUCUAACGACGAAAAGCAGAGUAAUAUAUCAUCCAUUGAUGCUUCUUAUAAUCCACGUAUAACUUACCCGUGGAGGGGUGACCCGUCUUGUCAACACUUCACAAUACAGAUGGCCCAACGAAAUAGCUUACCGAAAUGGGCAUUAACAUCAUUUCCCGGCAGUGGAGUCACUUGGCUUCGGCAGAUGAUUGAAAGCUUAACUGGAAUCUAUACUGGCAGUAUCCAUAAAGGAGAUCCACUUCCUUUCAGAGACCACAAUGAAGACAACAUGGGGAUUACCGAUGAUCCAUUUUGUGGAUGCACAAUCAUUGACAAAGAUCACGAGGCAACAGAGGGAGUUUAUAAACGAAAAUUUUAUCUGCAGCGUUUGAAGGAUUAUUCAAACAUAAUCAACACAACUUACAAUUACCGGGGAAUUUUACUGUUACGGAAUCCAAUGGACGUGGUAUUUGCCCACCAGAAUCACUUGUUGGUUGGUAAAUUUAACGAAGCUCCGGAGGACGCGUUUCGCGGACCGAUAUGGGACGAACUGGUAGACGCGGUGGCAUUUGCCUGGGCAGAUCACGCAAUACGUUGGAUAAAGCAGAUGAAGCAGGGCACAGCCAUAUUCUAUGAAAAUUUCCUUGGUGACAACGCACAGCAUGAACUAGAACGUUUAUUAAAUGCCAUGAACUUCAAGCCGCAGCAUUUAGAUCCGGAGCGUAUGAGAUGUCUUUUGAUUCAUCGAAAUCAAAGCGAAUACAAGAGGAGCAACAAAACAAGAUUUGUACUUGAAGAAGGUCAUCGUCAAAAGCUGUUGCAAUCCAUCCACACGGUGCAGCGUAGCUUGCGCCAACGGAAGUGGCCACAGCUUCCUGUUUCCUUGUACGAUAUGCACUUCCCUCCUGAAGAAAAAUUUUAGCAACUACCUUGUCAAAAGAAUAUUUGGAUAAAAAACAGGAUGAAGAUACACAACACCUGGAAGACUUACUAAGAUAUGUCCAGGUUAAAAUCAACGCAUAUUCAGAGAAACCCGAAAAUAAUUCAAAUGAAGAGGAGAAAAACUGCUGGCAAACUAUGUCAUGG